AACAUUUCGUGUCGAGGUGCGAGAGUUGUUGCUGUUUCUGGAAAAAUGGAUAUCGUACCUUGUGAUGUUGUUGUUUCUGGUAUUGGUGGGUAUUUUCCCAAAGCUAUCAAUGUAGAAGAAUUUAAAGAAAGGUUAUUAUCCAACGAAUCCUUACUAUCACAACGCUUCAACCAAAAUGAUCUACAAUCGGCGAGUGGUCUUGUUGGUUGUAUCGAUAGCAAUUUAUUCGACAACUCCUAUUUUGGAAUACAUAAACAACAAUGCUUUUACAUGGACCCUAUGCAUCGUUUAGCUUUAGAAAGAACUUUUGAAGCUCUAGCUGAUGCAGGUGUUAGUGUAGCGGAAGUUAAAGGAAAGAGAAUAGGAGUUUUCAUGGGAUCCACCAUUGGUGAGAACGACCAUUUAUUUAUGGAGUCAGUUGUUAGUGGUUUUGGUGUGACUGGACACUCCAGGGCUAUGUUGGCCAACAGAAUUUCAUACUGGCUUAACUUAAAAGGUCCAAGUGUCGCUUAUGACUGUAACUGGGUAUCCGGCGUGGAAUUACUUCGUUUGGCUUAUUGUGCUAUCAAAACAGGACAAUGCGAUUCUGUCAUAAUUGGUACUACAAAUUUGGCUAUGCAUUCACAAUAUCAUGCCAUGUAUGAAGAGAUGGGAUUUUUAUCCACCGAUGGAAGCACUAAAGCGUUCGAUGCUGAUGCGAAGGGAUAUGCUCGGAGUGAAGGUGUUGUCAUUUUAUACAUCCAGAGAUCAACAGAUGCGCGAAGACAAUAUGCCAGUGUUGUUAAUGUAGCUACAAGAUUUGAUGGAACCACUCCGGACAAAUUUAUGUCUAUAGAUGAAGAUAAUAUGGUCAAGUUUUUAGAAGAGUUUUAUGAGAAGUGCGAGGUUAAAUCCAACGACGUAGAAUUUGUAGAAGCUUAUGGCUGUGGACUUAAAGAAAUCGAUAAGAGAGAGCUCAACGCACUAGAAAGAGUAUACUGUAAAAAUAGACCCAAACCACUUUCAGUUGGCUCUAUUAAAACUAUAACUGGUCACGCCGAAGCGUCUUCAGCACUUUUUUCAAUUGUUAAAACGUUGUUGGCAAUGGAAACUGAGACUAUUCCAGCAACUUUACAGUAUACCACCCCCAAUCCGGAGAUUAAAGGAUUGUUAAAUGGAAAUCUCGAAGUAUUAACGACUAAUAAGAAAUGGGAGCCAACUUUUGCAGCUGUAAACGCUUUGGGAACAAGUUCAUACUUCGGUCAUGUUGUUUUUAAAGCUAAUCCUAAAAAGAAGGUUUUGAAAAAAAUCAAUUUUCCGGUAUUGCUUAAUGUUUCUACUAGAACUGAGGAGGGAAUCAAUAAAAUUAUGGAAACGUUACAAAAAAAGCCGCAUGAUCCGGAGUUCUACAAUUUAACUCAACAGUUCUUCUCACGAUCAAUCCAGGGACAUCUCUAUCGCGGUUAUAUUCUUCUUGGUAAUGAACAGCCAAAGCAAGAAAUAAUGAAUUAUAUGGGAAAUAAGAGACAAAUUUGGUUCGUUUACUCCGGUAUGGGGAGUCAAUGGAACAACAUGUUGGGAGAUUUAAUGCAAAUAGACGUUUUCGCUGAGUCUAUUAAUAAAUCAUGCGAAAUAUUGAGCAAAAAGGGAGUUGAUCUCAUGAAGAUAUUAACCAGCGAAGACAAGACAAUAUUUGACAAUAUUCUACAUUGCUUCGUAGGAAUUGCCGCUAUGCAAAUAGCUUUAACAGAUGUUUUAAGAGCUCUUGGGAUAGAACCUGAUGGUAUUAUAGGACACUCAGUAGGAGAGUUGGGAUGUGCUUAUGCUGAUGGUUGUAUGACUCACGAACAAAUGAUCCUUUCUUCAUAUUCAAGAGGAAAGGCAUCUCUUGAAGCUACUCUCAUUAAAGGAAUGAUGGCUGCAAUUGGUCUUGGUUACAAUCAAAUCAAAAACAGUAUUCCUGAAACAAUAGAAGUAGCGUGUCAUAACGCGGCCGAUAGCUGCACUAUUUCAGGUCCAGAGGAAGAUAUGGAGAAAUACGUGAAUGCUCUAUCCAGUCAAGGAACUUUUGCCAAAUUAGUGAAUGUAGCUAAUAUAGCAUACCACAGUCGAUACAUCAAACCAGCAGCACCACUCCUUUUGAAAUAUCUCAAGGAGGUCUUACCGACUCCAAUGCCAAGAUCUUCGAAAUGGAUUUCGACUUCCAAUUUGGAAUCCAACUGGGGUACUGACUUGGCUAAAAACUCAUCAGCUGAAUAUCAUACUAACAAUUUGCUGAGUUCCGUGUUAUUCGAGGAAGGGAUCAAACAUAUUCCUAAGGACUCCGUUUUGAUUGAAAUUGCACCACAUGGUUUGCUUCAAGCUAUUUUGAAGAGGGCUGUUAAGGAUAGUAUCAACGUUCCACUCACCCGUAGAGGAGCCCCAAGUGGAACUGAGUUCUUACUACAGAGCUUUGGAAAGUUAUACUUGAAUGGCGUGGACAUGAAUCUCUCUAAGAUUUAUCCAAAGAUUGAAUAUCCAGUUAGUAGAAAUACGCCCUCUUGUUCUGAUCUAGUUCAUUGGAAUCACGCAGACAAUUGGAGUAGAUACGAAGAUAGUCAGAAAUCGAAAAAGGGAGUUCGAAAUGUGGACGUCAAUCUCUCAUCCAGCGAAUUUCUCGAAUGUGAUGGACACAAAAUCUACGGCAAAGCUGUUUUUCCUAUUAGUCAAUUUUUGAAUAUAAUACUACAAAUAUCAGAUUCUGACACAACAUCAGGAGUCAUAAUCUUCGAAAAUCUGCAUUUCAAAAAGUCCUUAAUUAUACCUUCUGCAGGCUCAAUUCCCCUAAACGCUAUGAUUCAACUAGGCAGUGGAGAAUUCGAAUUUUUCUCAGACACUGAUCAAAUUUUGACCGGUAAAAUGACUGUCUUAGAAAAUGAAGAAGAUGUAAGUUUACAAGAAGUUAAAGUUGAAUUGAACCAAGAAAAUGUAAAAUUGAAAGACGAUGAUGUUUAUGGGGAACUGGAGCAUCGUGGUUAUAAAUAUAGUGGAGCUUUCAAGAAUAUUAAAAAUUUGACAUUGACCCUUGAUGGUUCUGUUGGUAGAGCUCAAUGGCAUAAUAGAUGGUUGACAUUAGUCGAAACUAUGAUCCAACAGCAACUUUUCAACGAAGGAGAAAGAAAUCAAGAGUCACGUAUUCCGAAACGUAUUCAAAAAAUUAUCGUGGUACAUAAUGCAUUACCAAAGAAUGAAACAGAAGUUGAUGUUAACUUCGAGUACGAUACUAGGAUAUUAAGCGCUCCGGGAAUCGAAAUCACCGAUAUCGAAACUGUACCGUUCGAUCAAAAAUCGCAAGAUAUUCGGAUUUGCAAAAUGGACUUUGUUCAAUUGGACAAUAGCGUUUUGAAUAAUAUGGCGGCAGGAAUCGAACAGGCACUACUGUUAUGUAUGGCCAAUUUCAAUCAACAGAACGUUACGAAAGUAUAUAUCUCCGAAUUAAUCACUAGUGACUCCUUACAGGAUCAUAUAAAGGAAGUUAUCAAGGACUAUAGCAUGUAUUAUAUAAACUAUACUUCUGUUAAAGAACUUAAACAUGUCACCGUAACAGACUCAUUCCCUCAACUAAUAAUUUUAAAUGAUAUAAUUAACAAGGAUGUAAUAAGAUUGCUCAAUCAAUCAUCGACUUCCUUUUUGUUAGCAAAGGUAGAUCGUACGCAACAGUUGGAUCCGAAUUUAUCUCGCGUAGCAUACUUCCGAAUAGGUCAGGACCAUUACAUAAUUUGUAGGAAGGCUACCACUGUUAAACCGAAGAUAAUAAAUGUGAAAGAAUCUAUCGUCAGUUUUAGAGACGUGCAGAAAAAAUCUACUCCGUGGGUUUCAGAACUUCUUCGAACGUCCGAAGAAUGCGCCAAAACAGAACUUCCAAUAAUGUUAGUUAUAUCAACAGUACCAGCAGAAGGAUUUAAUCACUUCUAUGAAAAAAUCAAAGCUUCACCCAAUAUGCAGAAUAUCAGAAUUUUCUACAAUUUAGAUAAGAAUUCAGAUAAACUAAAUGAAGCAAUAAGAAGGGAUAUUUCGUUGGUAGUCCUUAAAGAUGGACAAUGGUUUUCUCACCUACCUCUAUCUGUGAAUAUUCAAAAGAAUAAGAUUGCAGAGAGACCUUCCACUACUCCAAUAUUGGAUAACAAAACUAUUAGUUAUCUUGGAGUGAAUUUGGUUGAUGAAACAUUGAAUGUUGGAAGCAAAUGUGAAAUUGGUAAUAUUGAUUAUUGCGGUGUUGCCAAAAACGGCAAACGAGUGAUGGGUUUGGGAUAUUUGGAUACAGAAAAUUCCAAGUUAAUCGUUGAUAAUAAAUUGACGUGGGAAGUACCUUCCAACUGGAAUUUAGAAUCGGCUGUUACUGUUCCAAACGCAUAUGUUUGUGCUUACUACAUGCUGGUGAUAAAAGCAAGAGUCAAACAUGGAGAGACUGUUUUAAUACAUUCUGGGUGUUCGGCUAUAGGACUCGCAGCUAUUUCUAUAGCUUAUAGCUAUGGAUGCCAAGUAUUUGUUACAGUCGCAUCCGAAAGGCAAAGAGCUUAUUUGAAGAAACAGUUCGACUUUUUACAACUCCGAAAUAUUUUAGACUUCAAUACUUCAAAAUUCGAGAAUGACCUUUUAUGUGCGACUGGCGCUAAGGGAGCAGAAGUUGUUUUAAAUUGUGUUUCAGGAAGUUUACUUAAGAGUUCUUUUCAAUGUAUUGCAGCAUAUGGUAGAUUCAUCCAGUAUGGAAAAUAUGAUAUGGAAGAAGGUACUAGCGUCGGUAUGUUCAAAUUUUUGUACAAUGUCUCUCUUCACUGCGUAGAUUUGCAAAAUAUAUUUUUCCUGGAUAACGAAAUCAAAGAAGAGAUUCAUCAAUUGAUAGAAGACGGCAUUAAAAAAUAUUUCGUUAGGACAUUAAGAAGAGUUGUACUUAGACCUGAUGAAAUUAAGGAUGUUAUUAAAGUCUUACAAGAUCCAGAAACAAUAGGAAAAGUUAUAAUUCAGACCGGAAACACAAUGAGCAUCAACAAAAUAAAUUUCAAAGAUCCAAGUAGAUUUAUAUGCAAUUCGCAAAGUUCAUAUUUAAUCUUAGGUGGAUCUGCAACGAAUUGGGCUUAUGUAACAGAAUGGUUGGUUCACAGAGGUGCGAGGAAAAUAGUUAUAGCUAGUGACCAUAAACCUAAAAAGAACCAACUCAAUAGAAGACUUCAAAUUCUUCAAGAAUAUUAUGGUGCAACAUUGAUAAUCGGAUCUAGUAAAAUCCAAACCAAACAGCAUGCCUCACAACUUUUGGCAGAAGUUGGUAAAUUGGGAAAACCACACGUGGUUUUCACAUUACCUCAACAAUCGAAUAGUACUGGACAUGAUGAUUCGGUUGAGAUUUUCGAGUCUGUACUGAAAGAUGUAGCUCCUGAAGCUAUUUUGGUUAAUUUUGAUGAUUCGGCUGCAGGGGUAUGUUAUAGAAGAUCCUCUUCAGAUUUUCAAACGUAUAAUAUUAUCCCAACAAAUGAGGAAAAUUUGAGAGAUGCAAUAUUUGGUUUGGAUACUAUUCUAAAUUCAAAUCUGAGCAACGUCAUAUUGAGCCGAGACAAUGAGGAAACUUCAGCACAAGAAAUGUUCAAGGCUGCAAUUAAAGAUGUUACAAAACUUGUACCUAGCCUUGAUGAUAUCCUGCAUCUUCAAAAGAAUACUUCUAAUGAACCUGAAUUGGUCCAAGUACUAACAGAAGGCCCUAUCGAAAUAAGAGAAUUGGCGCCACUAUUCCUUAUUCCUGGUUUGACUGGUUUCACAGAGACGGAAGAGAUGCUGAAAAAUUUGCUAUAUCCCACUUUUUGCGCUGUUUUACCAACAAAUCCUUGGCCAUGGGAAAAGCUUGCUGAAGCUUAUGCUCGGAAAAUGUUCGAAGUAUAUCCUAAAGGCGUCUUCAAUAUAGUCAGCACAUCGUCAGGUGGCGCUUUGGCCAUAGAAAUAGCGAAGCAGUUAACAAAGAGAAACGCCAGGCUGAACUUGUUCUUCGUCGACAGUAGUCCACUUAGAAUACAACAAGGAUUGCAAGAUCUUGGAAAUGGUGUUCAGUUCGAGAUAAACCUUUUAAGGGUUAUCUUCGAAAUAAACGAUUCCGAGAUCGUCAAAAAAUUGAACAAUUGUCCCAACUUUGAAUCAAGAAUGAAUUUAUUACUUGGUUUACGUGAAGAUAAAACUGAGAAGAAAAUCAGUGUUCUGCAAAAAGGACUCGUUAAUAUCAAAGACUAUAUUGAGAAGAUUAAAGCAUAUGCUCCCGAUGGAAAUUUGGUACCAGGAAUAGUGCAUGUUCUAGUACCUGCUGAUUGCAGCCCAUACGACAGCUACGGCUUAUCAUCUUAUUUCAAGGCCUUGCCGCUUAUUUCGCAAUUUAGUGGUGAUCAUUUGAGCAUCAUAAAUGAUUAUGAUGCAGGUGAAUAUAUUAAUAAGAAUCAUAAUCAGUACUAACAAGUACUAACAAGAUCUUGUAAAAUUUUAAUAAUUCCCAGAAUUUCUUUCAAUUAAUAAUAAAGGUUUAAAUAAGUUGUUU